UUGAGCACACUUUACAGAAAGAGGAAGUUUGUGUUUCCCCAGCUGACUGUGUUCACGAGCUGUGUCUCCAGAGCUCAGCCUGCACUUAGAGAAGACCUCCGAGCCCUGAUGGACGUCUACCAGGAGGCUGUGUGUUAUCUGGAGUCACAGCGAGUACCGGUCGUAGUUGAAGCGGAGCUUGAAGUCCUGGAGGAGGAUGUGUUCCAUGACGAGGCAGAGUCCUGUCUGCUCUCUCCUCUCCGCCAUGAGAGCUUAGACUUCCCCGACACCCCCACGUUAUGCAGCCCGAAGGAAAUGUUGGACAGGAGGCUCAUGGUGCUGAAAGGCAUCCUGGAGAGUGAGGAAGUUUAUCUCAGAGAGCUGGAGGCCCUGCUGAUGCCCAUGAAGGCUCUGCGCGCCUCGGCCGGGACCUCCCAGCCAGUUCUGUCCUGCAGACAGGUCCAGACUGUUUUCUACCAGGUGCCUGAGAUAAGAGACAUGCACCAGAGUUUCUACUGUGGCCUGAAGGACCGGCUGAGCGCACACUGCCCGAUUGAGCCUGGCUAUUGUGAGACAGGAAAGAUGAGCCACACAGGCUUUGCGCUGAUGGUGGGGGACCUGUUUCUGAAAAUGGUAAACCAGAUUGGUCUGUACGGUGGUUUCAUUAGAAACUAUGAGGAAGCUGUUGAAGUUGUUCACAAGUGCACACAGUCGGACCCUCGCUUCCGAACCCUGGCCGAGAGCAUGAUGUCUCAUAAUGGCACAGACAAAACUCGGACCAGAUACACAUUUGAAGCUCUACUAUACAAGCCUUUGGACAGAGUAACAAAGACCACACUAGUGCUGCAUGACCUCCUGAAGACGACACCAGGAGAGCAUGGAGAUUACACAUUGUUACAGGAGACUCUGAGAUUGUCCCGCAGCUUCCUCUUUGGUGUCAACGAGAGUUCACAGUGCAAUCGAGAGGUCACGCUCAGUCAUGGCAUGAGGCGUCAGCUGAUGCGUGACGGCUUUGUUGUGGACGUGUGCGAAGGGGAACGCAUCCUGCGUCAUCUCUUCCUUUACACCGACCUCCUGCUGUGCACCAGAUUAAAACAUGCAACCAGAGGGAAGCAGGACCAGUACAGAUUCUGCUGGUAUCUGCCUCUCGCUGGUCUCAAACUUCGCUGGGUUGCCGAUCAAGGUCGUUCACCAGACUCACACCAUCGCUUACACACCAUACGAACAAAGAUGUACCUCCUCCGACAACAGCUACGGCAACACGCUCAGGGGUCCAGGGGCUUGGCUUUGGCAGCUCGUAGCAGGAAGAAACUGGAGCAAAUGGAGCUGAUGCUGCUCACACACUCCCCUGUUUACACACUGGAGCUGCACAGCCCUAGUGACAAGUGUCACACUCUCCUCUUCUCCUCCCUGUAUGAGCUUGAAGAAUGGAGAGAAGCAAUUCACAAACUCACCACAGACAACAUAGAAACUGUCCCUCCAGACCUGCUCACACUCACCAGUGCAUGUGUGAAACUGAGAAUGACCCAGCAGCCGCCACUUCACAGCACAAACGCUGUAGAGGACGAGGAGUCUCUGUGUGGGACUCUGAGUGUGGCCGUCCACUCUGCCUGCGGCCUGCAGCAACCAGCCUGUCUGUAUGUGUGUGUAGAAGUGGAUGGCUAUGAGUUCUACGAUAAACAAGCUCAGACACACUCAGUCCACAGCCUCAACCCACAUUGGGACCAGGAGCUGUCGUUCCAGGUGGACGGGGCACAGGACCUGAGGGUGCUCUGUGUGAGUCAGUCUGAUGCACAGAAUGAUACCGUCCUGGGCAAAGCUUCUGUAAAGUUGGAAUCUAAAAUCCUGAGUAAGCGAUGGAGGAGACAGACUCUACACCUUGGCCAGUUAGAGGUGACUCUCUCCCUGAAGUACUGUCCCCACCCGCUUGAACCACCUAGCUCUAGGGCUCAACAACAACCUAUCUUCUGUGUCCCCAUUGAAACUGUGGCUCAACGGGAGGGAGUGCUCGUCCCACAUGUGGUGCGCUGCUGCGUGGAGGAGGUGGAGAGGAGAGGCAUGGACGAGGUGGGCAUCUACAGGAUUUCGGGACUCACCAUUGACAUCAGCACGCUCAAGACUGCGUUCAACAGCGAUCUGCGCGAAGCGGUAACCAUGCUGAGAAGUGCUGAAGUGAACGUCGUCUCUGGUGUUCUCAAGCUGUACUUCAGAGAGCUGCCGGAGCCUCUUAUACCCACUGAGAUGUUCCAGAGUCUGGCCAGGACGCUGGACAUCCAGGACAUAAACUCCCGGCUUGUCUCCAUGUUGUCUCUGCUGCACUCCUGUCCUGACCCCAACCGCCACACCUUCCUGUACCUCCUGCACCACCUCCAACGAGUGUCAGAGAAGCAAGACGUCAACAGGAUGUCUCUGCGGAACCUGGCUACAGUGUUCGGUCCGAGCCUCUUACGCCCCCCUGUGGCCGGACAGGGGCAUGACGGCCCCUCCAUUGACAUCUCUCUGGAGGUGGUGGUGCAGGCCCAAGUGAUUUUCUGCUACCUGCAGUGCAACAACCUCCCUGAAGCCCAGACCUCUCUGCCACAUGACACAGACGCUGAAGAUGAGACCACCCACAUGUGAGACCACCAUCAGUGUCACGGCUGGCAGCAAAUUCAAAUACUGUGUGUGUAAGGAAAUAUCAGCGAACUCUAAGACAAUAAAAGUAUUUAUUGAUAAAAAUAA